AAGGCAUGAGGAGUGAGGAGACCCUGGAGACCAUGGAAGACAGCUGGAGGCCUGAUGACACUUCAGGACAGGGAGGUGGCCCCUGUCCCGGGCUGGCACCCGCCGCUCCUGGCCACCUGGGGGCGCCGUACUCCGAGGCCUGGGGCUACUUCCACCUGGCCCCGGCUCGGCCCGGGCACCCGACGGGCACCUGGGCCACCUGUCGCCUGUGCGGGGAGCAGGUGGGCGGCCACCCGGGCUUCCAGGCCUGGACACGGGCGCUGUGGCGACACCUGAGCGGCGCGCACCUGCGCGAGCUGGAGAAGAGCGGCGCUCGGAGCUCGCCGCCCGCCGCUCCCUGCCCUCCACCGCCCGGCACCACCACGGCGGCUGCCGAGGGCGACUGGGCGCGCCUGUUGGAGCAGAUGGGCGCGCUGGCCGUGCGCGGCAGCCGGCGGGAGCUGGAGCUGGAGCGGCGCGAGGCGGCCCUGCGGCAGGCGGAACGCGCGCUAGAGCGCAGGCGCAGGGCUCUGCGGCAGGAGGAGCGCGCCAUGGCGCAGGCGCGGCGCCAGCUACAGGCCGAGCGCGAGGCGCUGAGCGCGUGGCUGCGGGAGCAGAGCCCGGGGGUGGGGGUCUCGGCGCCGCCCUCCCCUCGGCCUCCGCUCAAGGAGGACCCUGAUGGGGACGUCCACGGCCACGUGGUCACCAAGGUCCUGCUCUAACGAGGCCGCUCCAUGUACCCUGGCAGCGUCUCAAGGACUUCUUCCAGGAGCCCGGAUUGGAUGCACAGGAUGGGAUGGACCGCAUAGCAAGAGACUUCGGCUCCAGCAACCUCCUUGCAGUGCCUUAGGGCUGGAGGUUUUUAAAGCCAGAAGGUUCUAUAAACACCAAAGACUAAUCACACCAUGUGCCUAUCCGC